AAAUCCAAUGUCCUAUAUGUAUUGUACACGUUGAUCUUAGUGUCAGGGAUGAGCAAACCUUUCUUAAUGCUGGCACACUUUGUACAUAUAGACUUCUUAACGACACACAAACCUCCAUUUACUCACAUGUACACGUAUACACUUGAUUAAAACAAUUUUUAUAAUGUUGCGAAAAACAAGUAUGGAUGCAUGUUUUUGAUAUAGCUAUACACGUAUACACACAAGAACGCACACACAAGGGCUUUUAAAGUGCAACAUUUGACAUCUGCAAAGAGGUUCAAAGUAGACUGGAUUUCCUGCCAGAGCUAAGCUAUGUUUACAUUUGCUAUAGUGUUCUGAAGCCUUCCAAUUAUGUACUGUCUUGCACUUCCUCACACACGUUAACGUUCGUCUGAUUUGUGUGACCGCACCACACGAACUGAUAUUCACACGGACGUGCUGACCGAUGAGUUUCUCUGUGCACUUCUGACAGCCUAUUGAGCGUUGCAGACAAUCGUGCUUUCCGCCCUCUCUGAAGGCAGACAUGCUCACUUUUCAUAGGCUGAACCCACCUGCGUUGGGUCAGAGCAAAGGUUUAUUUAGGUCUUUUGAGACUUUUUCUUUUUCUGCAAUGAGAUUUAAAUCAUUUUUGCAUUUAUUUUGCUUGGUUCAGUUGUAACUUCAUUUGAUAUACUCUGGUCUGAGGUGUUUAACCCCUCUACUUUAGCAUCUACCUUUUUAAUGCCCAUCACAAACGGGCCGUCUGGUUGAGCAUUUAGCAUCGAUUGUCAUUUCAUGUCACGGACAAACUUAUCAAAUCUGUAGCCUAAUACUUAUAAGUGCCCAGUUUGUUUUGCAUUCAAGUCAUAAGCCACAGACACUGUAGUGCAUGAUUGAAGAUGAUCACACUUGUAAUCAGAGGGAAUGAAUGUGUCAUUUUUCCUCAAUCUAGCAAUUACAUCAAUGAAUAAGGUUCUCAUAUCACUAGAUAGAUCACUAUUCUAUAUGAUCUUAUGCAAUGUUAAACGUGCAAACUAAGUAUGAGGUUAAGGGGAUAUAUCUAUAUGGUCUUGCAUAGGGUAAACCAAUAAAUAUGUUGUCAUUCAUACAUGUGUGUAGCUUGUUUUUAUUUCCAGGUGUGUUUACCCUGAUCUGUGUUCAUUAGUAAUCAUACAAAUCCUAUUUUUUGAUGAAUAGCGACCUCUUGUGUCAGGACCUCAAAACACCUUUCAGUGGCUUUAGUUGCCUUGAAACAUGCCUGUUUAUUUUGUAGAGCUUUUUGUUUUUUAACAAGGGAAGAUAAAACAGUUAAAAAGUGUUUAUUACAAAAGAAUCUCACUCGGUUUGAUCUAAACUCUUUAGUAAAUGCUAUUUCAUUUGUCCAUCGUUUGAGUUAACGGUGCCUAUGUGCCUUCAACGGUUUACGGUCUUUAAUCGAGACAAAGAUGUUAUACAAGAGAAGAUGUAAACCCGCCGUGUUUGUUAGAAUGGGACAUCUCUUGUUUGACAUUCAUGAUGUAUGAAAAAUGAGUAAUACGUUGUAUUUAUAACAACUAUGAACAGAUGGCAGCCAGCAGAUAUUCAUGGUAAUAAUCAUAAUACGUCCCUCGCGUAUUUUAAAAGUUAGACCGUAAGCCUGCUUUAUUUUAUAUAGAAUAAAUAGAGUAAUAGAGUACGUUAGACAGCGUCACAGCGCAUGCGCGAUGAGCAACAGCCGCAAGAUGAUCAUCACUUACAACUCUUCAAUUCUUAAGAUUUCACUCCUGGUUGGUUUAAUUUCUAUCUGAGUAAAAGCAGUGGAAUUGACCCUAUAGUUUAGCAGUAUGGAGUCUAUGGCUCCGUCCUAAAUUCCGUACGAACAUACUAUGUUUCAGAAUUGUGUGCAUAGUUCCCUUUUUUGUGUAUACAAUGGAGAAAAACUCAAUCCAGAUUUCUUCCGGGAAUGUCGCCCAGUAAUACUGCAGUUUUAAUUUUCAGCAGACGUUAUGGUGUUCGAAUAAAAUGUAAACUAUUACGGCUAAAUCAUAAAUCGUUAACAGAUAUUAUUAACCCGAAUUGCUCACUGCAAUAUAGAACAUUUGUCCUGAUCCACCGCGGGGUAUUUAAGCAAAGCCGGAAGUAAACGACGGAUGACUUUUUCGUUUCGCUGUGUCUCUCUUGAGUCAGAGCUGUUGGUUUUUCAGGAGGGAAACUUUACAAGGUUUAACGGGAUUUGAGCACGAUUAAUUCAUUUCGCCCAAUUACCAGAGCCAGUGCAGCCAUACUGAAAGGAGUCCACGAAUCAUGUCAGGCAUUGCAUUGAGCCGGCUUGCACAGGAGCGCAAGGCAUGGCGGAAGGACCAUCCUUUUGGAUUUGUUGCUGUACCCACAAAAAAUCCAGAUGGAACCAUGAAUCUCAUGAAUUGGGAAUGUGCUAUUCCUGGAAAGAAAGGGACUCCGUGGGAAGGAGGCUUGUUCAAACUGCGCAUGUUGUUCAAGGAUGACUAUCCUUCUUCACCUCCAAAAUGUAAAUUUGAGCCUCCGCUCUUUCACCCAAAUGUGUAUCCAUCAGGCACAGUAUGCCUAUCUAUUCUAGAGGAGGACAAGGACUGGAGACCAGCCAUCACGAUAAAGCAGAUCUUAUUAGGUAUCCAGGAACUCCUAAAUGAACCAAAUAUCCAGGAUCCAGCCCAAGCAGAGGCUUACACAAUCUACUGCCAAAACAGAGUAGAAUAUGAAAAAAGAGUUCGAGCACAAGCCAAAAAAUUCUCCCCCUCGUAAGGGCGAAGACUUGCUCCGCUGUGGCAGAAGGAAUGGGUUUGACAAGAAUCACCUCCCCGCUCAGUCUCUCAAUGAAUGUGCUCCUCUCACAUCAGGACUUGCUUAAAGACUUCUAUUUAAACUCCACACAUUCUGUGCCAUCCGACCUAUCUUUUUUUUUUUUUUUUUUUUUUUUUUUUUUUGUGUUCUUAAUUUGCCAGUUGGUGCAUAACGCUGAGAGGGGAUGGGUGCUUCAGCACCCUGGUCAUUUAUUUUUAAACAUUAAUUGUCUUAUGUGGUGGAAGGGACAAAGCUCGGUACCAGUUUCAUCAACUCCAUGCAAGCUGGCUGUCAUCAAUGUUCAAGGAAGAAAAUGUUUUUUUGUUUUAAAAUGCUCUUUCACAGGGUCUUCCUUUUUGUCCCCCCCCCCCUUUUUAUUUUUCCAUAAAUUUAAUGUAAAAUUAGCUUAUUUCAUUGUCAGUAUUUCAACUGCUGUAUAAUGAAUGGCACUUUUAUACUGUUGUAUCUCACUAGUGUCUCUAGAUGGCUCUGUCUAAUUCUCUUUCCCAGGUUUUCUAUUCAGCAUGCUGUAAUAUACGAUAGAAUCUGCUGCCUUGGCUGUCUUUUUGUUAUUCAGAGUGUUUGCUAUGAAAUAAAUAAAAAUGGCCAUGACGACUGAGGCAGGUAGGCUUACUUCUGUAUCAGACUUUAAGGUUAUUCGGUGCUUUGUUCAUGUAUGUGUUGGCGUAAAUAAAACUUUCUACAAAA